UCUAGGGCUUUUUUGUUGAGCAGAUACUGGAAACCUAUUUCUCCUAAUUCUUGGUUCUCAGAACCGUAAUCUAGACUUGUAGACAGACUUCCAUAUUCCCUGCUCGCCCUAGGCAGUCGCCAAUCUGCUGGGCAAUCGACCAAAGGCUAAUCGUAGGAUCUAUUUUCUUUCGCAUAUUAUUAGCAUCCUUCACGCCGCAUUUCAUGAGUAACGGGUAGCCGAUAGCUGAACGAGUCGUCGAAGCUUAGAGCCAGCACACCUAGCACUCGCGCAUCGCGCUCGUGAUGAGCGCAGCGGCGAUGGCGGCGGGGCAGCCGCAGUUCCGGUACUCGCAGCCGCCGUCCAAGGUGCUGCACGUGCGCAACCUGCCGUGGGAGGCGACGGAGGAGGAACUCGCGGAGCUUUGUAACCCGUUCGGCCGCGUCGUCAACACCAAGACCAACGUCGGCGCCAAUCGCAACCAGGCGUUCGUUGAGUUCGCUGAUCUAAACCAAGCAAUUGCGAUGGUAUCCUACUACGCGUCGUCCUCGGAGCCCGCUCAGGUGCGCGGCAAGGCGGUGUACCUGCAGUACUCCACGCGGCAGGAGAUCACCACCUCCACCAAGACGGGCGACUCCACGGGGAAUGUCCUGCUCGUGACUAUAGAGGGGGUUGAGGCUGGCGACGUGACUAUAGACGUGCUUCACCUGGCCUGUCCUCCUCUGAUUCAAGCGAACGGCUCAGAUCUUCCCUCGCAUGAGCGAUGCGAAUCCGCUCAAGAUCCGUUCUGAUUUCACCGUGUUCUCAGCGUUUGGGUUUGUGCAGAAGAUUGCGACAUUCGAGAAGAGCGCAGGCUUCCAGGCGUUGGUGCAAUACGCUGACCCCGAGACUGCCAACAGCGCCAAGACUUCUCUGGACGGCAGGAGCAUUCCCAGCUACCUGCUGCCAGAGCACGUGCAGGCGUGCAGUCUGCGCAUCUCCUUCUCAGCACACACGGACCUCAACGUCAAGUUCCAGAGCCACCGCAGCCGCGACUACACCAACCCCUACCUGCCCGUCUCCUCCUCCGCCACCGAUGCUGCGGUUCAGCUGACCCCAGGGCCUGUGGCAGCAGUGAAGGGCGAGGCAGGCAGCAACGUGCUGCUGGCGUCGAUAGAGAACAUGCAGUACCCGGUCACCAUCGACGUGCUGCACACGGUAUUCUCUGCCUACGGCUCGGUGCAGAAGAUCGCCAUCUUUGAGAAGAGUGCUGGAUUCCAGGCGCUGGUCCAGUUCCCAGAUGCGGCAGCAGCCACAGCGGCCAAGGACGCGCUGGAGGGGCACUGCAUCUACGAGGGGGGCUACUGCAAGCUGAGGAUCUCAUACUCGCGCCACACCGACCUCAACGUCAAGGCGAACAACGACCGCAGCAGAGACUACACUCGCCCCGACCUCCCCACAGUCGCUCCCAUCCCUCCUCCCACCACUGCCACCACCACAGCGGGUAUCCUAUCUCCUGGCGCCACCACCACCCCCCUCACCACUUCAUCUCCCCCCAUCCUCUCCUCCUCCCCCUACACUCCCCCGGCCCCUCUUGCCCCCUCAACUGCCCCUCCUGUCCUCCCCACCCCCACUGCCCCUGCUCCCUUCUACCCCUCCUCUUCCCCUGCCGCCCCUCCCUCCUCUGCGCCGCCCAUUCUCGGCCACCAGGGGCGCCCAGCAGCCUUUCCUGCCCCCCCUCCCAGAGGCCCGCCUCCCCACGGUCCCCCUCCCCAUGGGCCCCCGCCCUAUGGUCCCCCUCCCCCCUAUUCCGGCCCUCCCCACGGCCCUCCCCCCCAUACCCCCCCUCCCUACAAUCGAGGUCCCCCUCCUGGUCCCCCUCCCCAUGGUCCUCCCCCCAGGAAUUUCCCCCCCAGCCCUUACGGUCCUCCUGGCCCCCCCCCAGGGUCCCCUCAGGGCCCCCCUUUCCGCGGCCCUCCUCCUCCCAGCCCUUACCCCCCCGGACCUCCUGGUGGUCCGCCUCACGGACCUGGAGGUCCAGGGCCUGCCGGCCCUCCAUACGGACCUCCCAGGCCCGGUGGUCCACCUCCAGGCCCGUUUUACCCUCCACCUGGCGGACCUCCCCCUGGUGGGCCUCACCCAUAUGGCCCUCCCCCAUAUGGCCCUCCCCGUGGUGCCCCUCCCCCCAUGCCUGGGCGGGGUCCCCCCCCCCCUUUGAUGGGAGGUCCCCCUCCCCCUGAUGCUGGAAUGAUGCCUCCCCCAGGUGGGCCUCCCCCUGGCCCUCUCCCCCCUGGACGCCCUCCCCCACAUCUUUUCCCCCCAGGUGCUGGCCCCCCUCCACCAGGCAUGGGGGGAGGCCCCCCUCCCCCUGGAAUGCCCCCUCCCCCUUACAUGGGAGGGGGACCUCCCUCUGGUCCCCCAGGUAUGCCUCCCCCUCCUGGGUAUCCGGGAGGUCCCCCUCCCCCAGGUAUGGGCCCCCCUGGUGGCCCUCCAGGAAUGCCUCCCCCACCUGGAUAUGGGCAGCCUCCCCCUAGAUUUGGUUCCCCCCAUGGGCCAGGAGGCCCACCGCCUCCUGGGUAUAGAUAUUAGAGAUGGAACUGACCUUCCUCUAGUAGCGGUGUUUAUGUGCCUGCACAGCCUGCUUUGGGAUAUUGAAGUAUGCUUGAGGGCAGGGUGUUGGCGUUGAAUGCUCAAAGCAUUUAGAAUGGUUUGCCUAGUUAAAACCCCUGGCCCGAAUUGCAAGGCACAGCCUUGAAACGCAGUGCGUUUGAAAGUUGCGUUUUUGGGGGUGUAUUGGGGGGUAACGAGACUCUCUGCACUCAGGGGUGCCUUUCAAGUUCAGUGCGUAAGGUAGGUAAUUUGGAACACCAGUCGCCUAGCGUUUUUCAACCGUCCAGUUUUUCCAAUUUUUCAUCUGACACCGCG